CGCCUUUACACUGUACGUGAUGGCGACGACAGGGAGCUCGACCACUUCUGCACUCGCACGACGAUGGGCAACUCACAAGGAAAAGCUACGCAAACUACCGACAAAGCCAAACCAUCGGCCACGCAACUCGUGUCUGCCGGCGGCCCGCCGGCCGCCGCGGCGCCGGCACCUCCAUCCCUCACGGCUUCCUCUGGCGCCAGUUCUGCACCAGUAGACGAUAUGGGCACGCAGUGGAAGCUGUUCAACGAUCUGGAGAACCGCGAAGAGGCGGCGGCAUUCGGCCUUCAGCGGUUCUUGCAAGCACUCCACGACCACAUGCCGGCCACGGAUGCGUCAAAGCCCGAGCGCAGUUUGGACGACUUCUUAUCGGACGCCACGACCAAGAUCAACAUCACCGACAUGUACAAGGGCGUCCACCUUGACGACACGCUCACCCUCCAAAAUAUGCUGGAUCUAAUCGACAGUUAUAAGCGCCAAGCCAAGCUACACAAGGAAUACGUGAUGCAAUUGCUCCGCCAAGCCGCAUCACUUUUCCAAUCGUACCAAAACCUGCACUUGAUCAACGUGGCCCCAGCCAAGCACAUUACAAUUGUUGGCGAUUUACAUGGACAAUUGGACGAUUUGCUGCUGAUUUUAAGGGAAAACGGCGUCCCGUCGGCCGAGAAUCCGUACGUGUUCAAUGGGGACUUCGUCGAUCGAGGCAAAUCGAGCGUCGAAGUGUGUUUGGUGCUGUUUGGGUUUGCCAUUUUGUACCCCCACGCUGUAUUUUUGAACCGCGGCAACCACGAAGACCGCGCUGUCACACAAAAGUUUGGGUUUCAAAAGGAAUGCAUCGAAAAGUACGACGACGAAGUGUUUAGUUUGUUUUGCCAUUGCUUUCGGUACCUCCCGCUUGGCACCGUGCUCCAAGACCGCCGCGUGCUAAUUCUGCAUGGGGGGGUGCCACGCCAAAACGUGAAAUUACACGAUUUGCUCGACAUUCCGCGCUUUGAAUUCGACGGGCUACGCCACACCAACAAGUACAUGAAGGCGACUCCCCGCUUGACCAGGCGAGACAAAAAUAUGCAAAUCAUCAGCGACAUCGUGUGGAGCGACCCGCGGGUCCAGCCUGGCUUCGACGAGAGUCCGCGCGGCGCCGGCAUCGACUUUGGUCCAGACAUCACGAAGCGGUUCAUGCAGACGAAUCGAUUGGCGCUGAUUGUGCGCUCCCACGAGUGUGCGCCAUUGGGGUACGCGUACCCGUAUGGCGAAAAGGCGGGCAUGCUAGUAACAUUGUUCUCCGCGUCCAACUACACCAAAGCCAGCAACAUGGGCGCCAUCAUGCACAUCCCAAGCGGUGUAAACCUUCCGCCUUCAUUUGCCCAGUACCGGGCGUCGGCUUCCGAUCAUGACUUUGUCGGGUCCAAUCUCGACGGCCUCUACAGUGUCAUUUUGGACUCGCGCGAACUGCUGCUGUCGGCGUUUGAAGCAGCAGACGUGGAUGGACGAGGACUCGUGUCUGCGCAAGUGUGGCAGCAACUCAUGGAAUCGACCUUGCACAUGGCGGUGGACUGGGCGGCGCUGCAGCCGCUCGUCACGUCCGUCGAAAAGGAUGGGAGUGUGGCGUACGUGGCCUUCUUGGAUCGGUACCAAGCUUCGGCGUCGAUGGCGGCUGCUGGAGGCGACAAAGCAGCAAUGAACAACUUGUACCGACACCGCGAACGCCUUGAGAUGCUAUUCCAUACAAUUGACAAGGACGGCAAUGGCGUGAUUACUAUGGACGAGUUUCAAGCCGCUCUGGAUGUGCUCAACCAGCAUUUGCCGCGAGAUAUGCUGCCAUUUGAGCACCCCAGUCAGCUCAUGUCGGUGCUCGACUUUACCAAGGACAAUGCAAUCAACAUCAACGAGUUCCUAGAAAGCUUUCGCCUCCACGCUAACCUGACGACAGCGGCCAAAUGGCGCCGCGCCAAGAACAAGCUCAAGGCCAUGCACCACCUCGGGAUGCUCAAAACAGUCGAAGCGCCAUGCUUGUUGGUGCUGGACGUACCGCCGCCGCCGGCCGACGACCCUGUCACGGCUACCGCCUAAACAACUCCGAUAUAUACUAGUAAUACUAGUAACUACUACUGUAUCCAAUGCACUCGACGUGAAAUCAAUGGAACUACAUAUGUUUGCACAGUAACUUGCAAAAAAAAUCC